CCCAUGGACUCGCUCCAGCACUCAUAUCACACUGGUUGACUAGAACAUAGAGAUUUAUACGUCAGUCGGCUUUAACGAAAACCUAGUUGUCCUCAACACCCCACUUUCCACACUGUUGCCUCGUGUGAUCACUGACGAGGCUGGAAGUUCGAUAAAAAAAGCGUAUUUCCAUGUCACUGUCGUUCGGAUGAGACCACCAUCCAAAGGGCUGUACUCCUCAAAAACAAGGAGUUAGUUCAAACAGUCUUUGCAGAUGAUCCGGUAGCAGUCCAUUUCUGGCUCUAACCAGCAGUGUUUCUCUUCUAGCUCAGAAAUUAAACUUUGUGUCGACUUAAGAAAUACACAUGGAUUGGCAUAAUCCUUGGGAAAAGAUUGUGGGGGAGAGAUAACUGGAAGUUGAGGAUUAAGAAGAUGAUAAGGAGCAGCGGUGGUUGGUGCAAGAGAAUGGAAAUAUGAAGGAUAAAGAGGGUUUAUAUUCAAUGACAAGUGAAGGUCAGAGUCAAGUCAGGCAUCCCUUUCUGUCCCCCAUUCCUCCCUCCCUAUUCCCCCUUUCCUCUUAAGGCUGUAUCUAAUCAAAUGCAGCUUGCUGACCCCUGGGAGCCUCCACUCAACGUCUCAUAUUCACCAGCGUUACAGUCCUCAGCUGCCCUGUUCAGGAACACCUGGGAGAUGCCCACAUGAUCCACGGGGCUAUCCUGAAAGGCAGCGUCUACGCAGGGCGAGAAGACUUGGUGGUGCGAAAGUGAGGGUGCUCAGAGGCUGCUAGAACACUGAGAGGUUUGGCAGAGAGCGUGGCUUUCCCUUUCCACUCGGCCAGGCCCUGAGAUGCCCUCAUUCCCUCAUGAUGGACAAAAUCAAGGAGCCUCCCCCAUGAACAGGCAAUCAUCAGGCGCCUACCACAGUAGUGGUAGGAGAAAGGUGCACUCCAAAAAGAAGAAGAGCUCUAUCAGUGCCAACGUGGCUGGAACCAAGUAUGAAAUUGUUCGCAUAGUCAUCAACGAGAUGGGCUUCAUGAAGACAAGAGACGAAGACGAGACUGCCAACCUCAUUUGGAACGACUCAGCUGUGCAGCAUGAGAAAAUCGCUGAGCUCAGGAAUUACCAGAGAAUUAACCAUUUCCCCGGCAUGGGGGAGAUUUGCCGCAAAGACUGCCUCGCUCGAAACAUGUCCAAAAUGAACAAAUGCCAGCCUCAGGAGUACAGCUUCACCCCCAAGACGUGGAUAUUCCCGGCUGAGUACACCCAGUUCCAGAACUACUUCAAGGAGCUACGCAGGAAACGCAAACAGAAGACCUUUAUUAUCAAGCCUGCUAACGGAGCCAUGGGUCAUGGGAUCUCGCUUAUCCGUAAUUGUGAGAAGUUGCCAGCCAACGAACACUUCAUCGUCCAGGAGUACUUAGACAAGCCGUUCCUGAUGGAAGGCUUUAAGUUCGAUCUGCGCAUCUACAUUCUCGUCACUUCCUGCGAUCCACUCCGGAUAUUCCUCUACAAUGAUGGACUUGUGCGACUGGGCACUGAAAAAUAUCACGCCCCAAAUGAUGACAACUUGAGCCAGCUCUUCAUGCAUCUGACCAACUACUCCGUCAACAAACACAAUGAGAACUUUGAACGGGAUGAGACGGUCGACAAAGGCAGCAAGAGAUCCAUCAGCUGGUUCACUGAGUUUCUGCGUGACAAUGACUACGAUGUGUCCAAAUUUUGGGGAGAUGUUUCUGAGCUGGUUGUGAAAACAUUAAUAGUGGCUGAACCACAUGUGCUGCAUGCAUACCGCAUGUGUCGCCCCGGACAGCCACCAGGGAGCGACAGCGUCUGCUUUGAGGUCCUGGGAUUUGACAUCAUCUUGGACCGCAAACUCAAACCCUGGCUACUGGAGAUCAACCGAGCUCCAAGCUUCGGCACAGAUCAGAAGAUUGAUUAUGACGUGAAGAAAGGGGCUCUGCUGAACGCUCUCAAGCUCCUCAACAUCAGAGCCAGCGAUAAGAAACGUAACCUGGCGCAGCAAAAGGCAGAGGCUCAGAGACGACUGUACGGCCACGGCUCCACAAAGAAACUGCUGGCAAGUUCUUCAGACUGGGAGAAGCAGCGUCACACACUGGAGCGAAGAAGAGAAGAGCUAAAAGAGCGGCUGGCACAGGUGCGAAAGCAGAUCUGCAGAGAAGAGCAUGAAAGAGAACAUCUGGGCAACUACAGACGCAUUUACCCUCCUGAUGACAAGCUGCUGUUGGAAAGGUAUGAAAACCUGCUCUCAGCUGCCUUUCAGACCUUCCUCGCCGGGCGGGCUGCUUCACUUCAAAAGGAAAUGAAUAAUCCCCUGAAACGAAUGAAGGAAGAAGACAUCUUGGAUCUUCUUGAACAAUGUGAACUGGAUGAUGAAAAGCUGACUGGCAAGACCUCUCGGCCACGUGGUCCAAAGUCCCUCCAGCCUUUGACAUCCAUGCCAGAGUGCAGCCAAACGCCGAGACGCCAACGAGCGGACUACUCCACUGAUUUCACCAGCGGCAGCAGCGCAGAAAACUCAUGCACCUCUUCGGACGAAGAUGAAGAAGAGAGGAGAAAAGCAGAGAUCGUGUGCAUUGGCAUUGAGAAAAGAGAGAAGAAAGUUUCAUAUGACCUCGGGAGUAAGGAGAAGAACAUGGAUGAGCGUUCAGGUCGCAUACACUGGAAGCCUCUAAUCAAGCCAAUGAAAAAUAGCCCCACCCCAUCGGCGUCUCCGACACUUUCUGGUCCAAUCAGACGCUCCAUUUCCUGUCCCCGUUCCAUUUCGUCUAUGUCAGCAUCUAAUGAAGUACGGACGUUGACGAUCAGGCCCAGCCCUAUUGUUCCCAUUGCCACUCCACUCAUACGACCAAGUUCUGCCACACUUCGCUCUCAUUCGCUGAGCCGCAGCGGCUCCACCCAACGUGUGCCUCACAGCAACAGCCUGGGUACCAUCCACGCCAACAUAUGUGAACCAAUCUUAAAUCUAAGAAGUAAAGAGCAGGAGGCAGAGCUAGUGCGCCAGACACUCUCUGCAUUAACCGCCAUGAGAAUCAGGUUUCCUGGAAAGACAGAGGAAGAAGCAGAGGCGAUGCUGGACGAGAUCCUUGACAACUGGAAAUACCAUAAACCAAAGGUUGCUUCCUAUUGGCUGGUGAAGUUGGAUUCUACCAAACAACGAAAGCUGUUGGACAUUGUGCGCACCAAUGUCCGCUCGGCACUUCAGCGGAUCUGGAGGGAACCAGAUGUCGAGAGUCUUCAUCUUUAUCGCGUCUUUAACCGCGUCUUCAACCGGCUGCUCUGGAGUCAUGGCCAGGGUCUGUGGAACUGCUUCUCCAACACUGGCUCUUCUUGGGACACAAUCUUUCACCGGAGCAGCGAGGUGGUCUCUCCUGUGGAGCUGCAGUGCUGCAGGAGGCUGGUUCAAUUGUGCCGAGACUGCCUGCUGGUCGUCUUCAAGUUUGUCUCCGAGUCCCGUGGAUCCCUGACUGGACUCAGCCCAGAAUGGGACGACACAAGGUACUGGAACGCUGUCAGCCGGAGCUGCCUCACUGCUCUGUCUCGGUGGAAGGUGUCAUAGGAAAAUCUCAGACAGAUACUGAUGCCAAUGCCUCGGCAUGAUGGGUACCUGCUGCCAGUGACCUCCCAGUUCAUCAUGAAGUGGCCUUCGUCCAAAUUGGGCCGAACCUCGUCAACUAUGCCACGCUCAUGCAGCCUUUUUUGCCGCCAGGAUGGGCCACUUUGGAGGUCAAUGCGAUGACCUUGGCUUCAGACAGCUCCGCCUUUGAUCCCACCGUUCUCCCUCGACUCUCAAACAGCCAAACUCGCAUCCCAGCAAUCCAGAAAUGGGUUUUAACUUUGUGCAGCUCUUGACAAAGAAUGGGCCUUUAACCUUGAUGAACGACCUCCAAGUUGGGACUGCUGAGUGGCCUAUGUAGUUCAUUUGACUUUGCGUGACUACAGAUGGCCUCCAUUUUAUGAUUUCACUCGAUGCCAUUGUUCCUAGUGCGGUCCAUGUUAUACUGUACAGUUAAAAGUCACAGUACUGUAAUAGAUUGACAUUUUUAAUGAGGAUUAAUUUAUGUGUUUAUUUUGUGCCAGAGCCGUUGUUUCUUGCUUCACAAAAUAACGACAAGCUUAUUUUUGCUAUUUUAUAAUGGAUUUAUUUAUUUUCUAUUGAGGGUUAAUAUUUAAAGCAUUUAAGUAAACUCUUCUGUUUCAGUUGUUGCAGUCAUAGACACAGAGAUAUUUAAUUUCACUUAACAUUCAUUGGUGUGAUGCUUGGAAUGUCCUUUCUGCAUUUGUGAAGCUUGAGUGAUGCAUUUUUUUAACUGCUCUCUUGUGAGGAAAUGGAACUAACUGACAAGGCAGAGCUUGUGAUCCGCUUUGUCCCAACCCUUGGACAACAGGGGGACAGGAAGGCUGAUGAAAGCAGCCAAAAGUAGUUUGUUGUGGUUGGUGUCUGGCGGCUAUCUUAUUAGCAUAGUUAUUAGCGCGUCAUCAAAAUUAUGAAUUUUUGUGUGGAUGCCAUGUGGUAAACUUUUUUCCCCAGUCAUGACCAGCUGGGGUAAGGACGAGAUGAAGAGGUUGGAAGCAACUUUUUUGUUACCUGAGUGCUUGAUGAAAACCUUGAGCCAAGAAAUUAGCCGCAGAUGAAACAACGGCAUAAGUUAUGCCCAAAAUAUGUCUGUAGUUAAAGCCAAGCUUCUUUGCUGAACAUGGCUGACCAGCGUGAAGUCUCACUCGAUUAUGCACUUUGUCACUUAAAAAAACGAGACAUUGCAGAGUGAAUGCUAGCGUUUGCAUGCGUAGAUUUUAGUACCUCCACCUAAUGUGUUUGUUAGACUAAGAAACUGCGCCAAGAAUAUACUUGAAGUUUUAUUUUGUCGUCUUGAACAGGCUAGUGAAGUGAAGCACACUGAUCGAUCUCCUGAGCUGAAGGAUUUGAACUCUGACAGGUGCUUUGCUUUUGAAGUGCAGCAACCGCCUUUUUUUCCCCAGUUCACUGUAUGUACAAGUGCCAGCGAUGGGAAUGUGCAUGCACAGUCUUGGCCAAACGUGAUGGACCACUGUUAAAAUUGACUGUAAACGUGGUCACCUCUACUGUGAAUGAUCGAUGUCAAUGUUAUUUCAAGUUGUGUCUUGAAAGGAAGGAUGUAUUGAGGCUAGGUUUUCUUCGUCUUGUUCAGUGACAUGAAGCGUUAUGAAUCAUUGCCUCAGUAGGUGGUGCUCUUGGUUGAGUAGUUCAAAGCUGAACAUUACGGAAGAGAGAUGCCAUCUAGUGGGCUCUGAAAAUGAGGACACUAUUUCGUCCUAUGAUUGUUUGUUGUCACUGUUUUGGCGAAACAGGAAAAUCAUCUUAAUAAUAUACUCAGCUUUGAAGAUGAGGACACUGUUCCAUGAAGCCUCACCAGCCAAAAAAAAAAAAAGAAAAAAUUAAAUAAAUAAACAGUCCUGUACCAUCUGAAAUACUAAUCAUUUGUGUAUUGUAAUUCAAAAUUUGGUAGUAUUUUCUUGGUCCCUUAUGGCCAAUGAUAGGUUGAUGAGGCUUCAUGAAACAGUGUCAUGCUUUUCAGAGCCCACUAGAUGUCAACGUGUCAUGCUUUGACUUUAAAUCUCCUCGUUUUUAAAGGGAGAGAACCACCUACUGUGCUCUGAGAACAAGGCUUCAUGAAGCAUUGUCCUCCCGUGGUUAUGAAUGAGAGCCUACUUCCUACAUGUUGACUUGAGACUUGCUAGCAUGAGGGCUUCUUCUGAUUCUGUCGCCAAACUCACUGUUUUUGUCUCAACGGCAUGAUCUCCUUGCUACAUUAUCAACUCUACCUGUUUUUUUUUUGUAAACUGAAUUGCCAAAAGAACUGAAGAAUGUCUUUUUGUAGCCAUUUUAACAAUUCCUCCCCUCAUUUUACAAGCGUGACUUUGGGAAUGGGUGUUUGUUCUCCUCUAGGAGAUGUUCUAACCUCACCGGACGACUAUGCAAUUAGUUGGAUGUCUUCUGCGAUCAAGCAGAGAUGGUUCUCAGCAUUUGGCUAAGACUGUGCACAUCUGCUUCCAGUUGGAUCUUGUAGGACCUCAAGUGAAGACGGUAUGAAAGCAUGAGUUGUGUACGUUCAAAACACUCGUGUUUGAGGUUGGUUCACGCAACCCUGCCAACACGACAGGCGCUACCAACAACAGAGGUGCUUUUCAUUUUAUGUUAAUCCAAGUUUCAUACAAGGCUGAACUCAUUGCAUUAGGUUUUGUGUUUAUUCAACUUCAUCUCACUGUUCGAGGCUUUUCUUGCAGCUCACAACUUGACCUUGUGUUUACUUCGUUCGUUUGAGUCAGACAAGAAAUCCGAGACAGGAAGGUCGCCGUUUAGAAGAGAAAAGCCAGGAGACAAAAGGAGUGAAGGAGGCGAUGAAGAUGAGAGGAAGAGUAGCUACUUAAAGUUGGAUGACAAUGAAAGCUCAGUUUACCAAGGUUCCAUUGAAAUGGUUUUGUUGCACUGCAAUUAAACACUCAAAACACAGCGGUUAAAAAAAGUCUGACUGACAUGCUACAUGAAAGAAGAUGAUCAAGUACAUGCUCUGACCAUGCAAAUCUGAUCACGUGUUCUCUGAACUCCCUCCAUACCUCAGUGCUCCGACUGACGUUCAUUGAUAAUGCCAAAUAUUCUAUGAUUUGCUGGAUAUUUAUUUAGAAGUAGAAAACUGUUAGCUCAGAAGGAUCUUUUUCAUUUUGCAUAGCAAUAAAGUGCUGAAACACGCUGCUGAGUGUCAUGGUUUUAUAUCCCGUGUGCCCGUGUGUUCCUUCCAGACAGUGAAAUCCAAAAUAUACGUGGCGGCCCAACUCCUGUGGAGUAGUCUUGUCACGUCUACACCACAUUUGGUGAAACUAGACCUGAGUCUAAGUGGGAAAUGUGUUCAGCACCUCAACAAACAUAAGAAAGAACCCAACUACUACUAAUAUUCUGGGGUCAAACUGAGAUACAGAAGAGGUUUUUGUUUAUUUUGAAACAAAAGGCUAACGUUUUUAAUGCCGUGAGAAAUAGAUCAACCUAUGCUUCUGAAUUCUGAUCUUCGUAGUGAAGGGCUUGUGAAGCAUCAUGACACAGUGUCAUCUCCAUCAUAGCUCAGUAGGUGAUACACUAGGUUUAAAACUAAAGGAUUAAUGGUAUUGGUUGUUGAAUCAUCUCACAGCAGAGAGCGCCAUCUUGCGGUCUCUGAAAAUGAGGACACUGUUUCAGGAAGCCUCAUCAGCCCAUCACCAAAUCUUGGUCUCGAGCUUCAAUGGUCUUGUUCUUGACUGGGGUUUGGUCCCUGUUUGCUCCGGUCCCGACUCAGUCUCAGGUUAGAU